AUGAAUCAAAGUCAAGAAGAUGAUUAUCAUGACGCAUCAUCCUAUUCAUCGUACAGAUCUCAAAUAACACCAAGAACCAUAAAUAUUCAACGAGCAAGAAAUAUGGCACCGACGAAUGGUGUCAUGACUCGUAUGAUUCAGUCUUAUACGUCACAUGGAACGAGUUUUGGCGCAUUUGGUUCAGGAGGAUUGGCCAGUCUAGCUAAUUUUGGAACAGGUAUUCCGUUGAAAUCGGGACGUGCAGGAUUAGCAUUCGUGGAUAUUAACGAUGCCAGAGAGCGAGAAAAACGAGCUUUGGCUGAAUUAAAUGAUAAAUUUGCACAAUAUGUUGAAAAAGUUCGUUUUCUCGAAGCUCAAAAUCGUAAAUUACAAAUGGAGUUAGAGGCCUUACAAAAUCGUUCCGGUCACGGUUCAUCAAGAAUUAAAGAAAUGUAUGACGUUGAGCUUGCAGAAGCGAGAAAACUAAUCGAUGACACAACAAAAGAUUGUGCAGCAAGCGACAUCAAAGCCCAAAAAGCAAUACAUGAUGUGGCACGAUAUAAACAACGAUAUGGGGAAGUACUGAGUUCACAAAACGCUGAUCGAUUACGUAUUGACCGUCUACACCAACAAAUAGCUGAAAAUGUAGCACAAAUAGAGUUAUUUCGUCGACGGUUAACUGAUUUAGACGAUGAAAUGAGACGGUAUAAAGCCGAAACUCAACGUCUUACAUCGGAGAUUGCACGACUACAAAACGAAAUACAACAAGAAACUUUCUUCAGAACAACGUUGGAGGGUGAAAAACUGGGUCUCGAAGAUGAAAUAACAACUUUGAAAGAUAUGCGUGAGUAA